AUGGCGAGGCUUUGUUCCACCAGCAGCGCCUACUACUACUACUACUACUACGCGGUGGUGGUGCUAAUAAUUCUGUUUGUGUCGUCGGUGGGCGUGGCGCCGGCGGCGGCAUGCGGCGGUCACCCGUGCCCGAUCCCGGACGGCAAGUGCCCUGUGAACGCGGUGAAGCUGGGCGUGUGCGCCGACGUGCUGGACGGGCUGAUCCACGCCGUGGUGGGCGGCCCGCCCAAGGAGCCCUGCUGCUCCCUCAUCUCCGGCCUGGUCGACCUGGACGCCGCCGUCUGCGUCUGCCUCGCCAUCAACGCUAACGUUCUCGGCAUCAACCUCGACGUCGCCGUCGACCUCUCCCUCCUCGUCAACUACUGCGGCCGCCGUGUGCCCGCCGGAUUCAAAUGCGCCUAG